CCUGCCGAUGCUGCCCCUCCUACUCCUGCGGCACACCUCGUCUAGGCCAGCCUCCAUUCCUGGCGUCCGGCGACGAAAGGCGACGCAGCGCGUGGUGGGACCCUCCACCUCAAACCCAGUCCAAGGUUUCGGUCGCAAACGACGGUCCUGGCGCUGCAAUAGGACCACAAUCGAAACGCUGUGCAGCGCAAUGCUAACUCGCCUCGGGUUUAUGGGACCGGGACUUUAAUUCGAAUGCGGUCGUGCGCUUGGGGUUUAGACUUGCGAGCUUGGAUGUGGGCGCGGGCCUUGACUGCAGACUUGGCUCCUUGCGCGGACGCAAAAAAGCAAUUUGUAUUAUAGACGAGCGGAGCGAAGAAGAGAAUCAAACUGUAAAACUAAUUGGCGCCAUUUGGUGGUGGAAAAUUCGCGUGGCGGACUGGGCCCACGGUGUCGGAUUUUGCUCUCGUCUCGCUGGGUUUAGUGGAAGUGUCACGUUGAGCGAUUCGGUUUUUGGAUGCGUCCGGGGAGAAUCUUGAGCGAAAUUGUGAAGGGCAGGAAGGCACUUGUGCCCGAAGUGUGCCUCAUGUCUUCCGAGUGCACAUUUCUCUGCCUGCAAUGUUUGGAGUUUCAGUACACGAUGUGGAGGAGCUGAAUAACAAGCUUGUUUCAGACAAAGCAAAAGUUCGAGAGGAUGGUUUGAAGAUUCUUCAAAGCUAUUUGCAUUCUACUGGAGAGACGAGCUUGUGGACCCUGCUCGAUGAAGAAACUGCGCGCUUAGAUCAACAUGGACGAAUACGCUCCUCAACAUGGCCAGGAAUUUUGCACGCCUUAUGCCUGUGCAUUGAGAACGAGGUGGCAGCUAGCAAAAGAAAGGUACCCAAAACUGCGUUAGCGAAGACUUUGCGGAGCUUUGUUUUGAAAGCAGAAGAUACCAGUCGUCCAGGUCAAAACCUGAGUCUUCUCCGGAAAGUGAAGAGAUUGUUCCAGCAUGUGCUAGAAAUAUUGCAACGCGUUCCCAGCUAUGUUUCAGACUACAACAAUAUUCUCUGCCAACUUCUUCAUGUGUUCGAGUACAGAACGCGAAUGGGCAAGAAGAUCUACUCUGAUCUUCUUCACUUUUACAUGGAAAAGGCGAAAGAGAUAUCACGAACGAUAACUACUGAAGUCUCCUUAGCAAAAGAGGAGGCUUUUAGGAACACUUCAAGCUUGCACUCCCUUCUUCAGCAUCCACCCGGAGAUUUUCCUGAUGUUUUGUUGGUGAACAUCGUUGAUGAUUUUAUAGAGAUUUUUAUGCAUCUCGGAGAUGAAGGCAGAAUAGCAAAAAAACUCUUGGCGUCCUUAAACUCCUUCCUUCUUAUGAAUGGCCUGAAUAUCGGUGCUGCUGCUGGGAACAUCCAUGCAAGUAUAAAGACAUUCAUGUUCCGUGUAUGGUUGACAACCCGCGAUAGAGAACUGAAGGAUGGGUUGGUCCUGUAUGCUAGAAUCCAAUUGCAGUUACGAUAUAUUCUAGAUCCUGAUGAGUCUCACGAAGUCUCCAAUUUACUGGAACUAGUGGAAAAGGAACUUGAUCAAUCUGGUGUAGCCCUCUCUGCUCUUUACCGGCUGGAUGUUGUCAGAGAGGAAAAACCAAGUGCUGUGUCGAGAACUCUACGUUCAUUCCUAGAGCUUGCUUCAGCUGUUCUCUACGAGGCUAUAAUAAGCACUCAGACUAGGCAGCUCAGAGAUGGAAAGAGGAGGAGAAAGACAGACAUAUGUACGGUCAUCAGAGAUCGACUUAUGGAUGGAAAGUUCUUGUGGAGUGCAGCUUUUUGCCUCCUUAUUCGAAAAUUUGGAGCUCAGCUCUCUGCGGAUGUUAUCCUCGGUUGGCUCGAAGGCCUUUCAUCGAGUCUUGAUAGGAUAAUGCUGGAAGGCAUCAAUGCUCGAAUUUUCGAAGGCCCGUUAUGGACCCUAAGGUGUUUACAAGAAUUGGCGUAUAUGUGGUGGAAAAUAUUCCCCCCGUCCACAAAACAAAGCAAUUGUCUGCUUGCAUCCCAGAGAGUGAAAGCUGAAAUUGCGUGGUCUUCGAUAUGGAAUUCACUUUUGCAUUCAUUGCCAUUGUUGAAUAAUGAGCAAGUCAUGGUGGAGGAGGCUUUUCGUUUGCUUGGUGUUCUCGCUGCCCAAGGUGUGGUACCUAUAUGCAGUCUACCUCAUGAAUUCUGGGAGAUUCAUCGAUUUGAUGAAGUGCCUUCAGGGAACUUGUUGUUCUUCAUUGCGGCGUUUUUUGGUUCCACUUCCUCACAGAUAGUUGCCAAUGAUGUGAAGAUCAGAGGAAAACUCCUUGACUGGUGUAUGAGUUCUCUAGAAGCUCAGGAUGUGCACAGAACACGCUAUCUUUUUGGGGAGCAGAUUUCGCCCAAGCUGCUUAGUGCUGCUGUGCUGGCUCUAGCCUUCGGUGUCAUAUCUGGGAGCUCAGGUGCCCGAGACACUUUACAAGAAAUGAAGAAAGAAUUGAGCUGGCCAAGUUUGGAAGCAAAUCCAUAUUUGGAGGCUGAUGAUUCUGACAGAGGCCAGGAAAUGGAGCUGGCUGCGCUUGACCGAUCUCACAGUGUACUAGUAGGGACGGAAGAUAUUGCUAGUCCACAGGAUCAAUCAAUCGCGAGCAAGAUCCAGUUACCUCCCUCAAUCAGUGAUUUUCUGUUGGGAAAAACAGCUGAUCAUCUUCUCAGGCAUGCUGUCGUGGCUUCCGAUGUCUCACAAACCUAUACGCUGGCCCAAUUACUGCAUCUAAGUUCUGUUCUUGCAAUCUGCAUCGAGGGUGUACGAUGUACUACUGAAAGGAGAGGUCAAAUACCCUCGGAAUGGAGUCCUGAAGGAGCUCUUUGGCUUAAAUUAGCCAGCAUUCUCGACAGAGGCGUGAAACAUCUCUACGAGAUUUCUGGAUCAUUUACUGCCGAUUCAUGUGCCCUCCUUGCUCAAAGAAGCACUUUAACCCAUCUGUUCUCCUCUUCAAGUCUCGACACCUUGCAACAGUACGUAUCCUAUGCCGGGAGCUGCACAUUUGUGGCGACUGGUGGUGUGGUAUCUAAUCCAAAGGGUCAAGGAGUUUCACAACCUGUUCUAGAAAAGCUCCUAAAGGCCGCUUGUAAAGUGUUUACUGUGGCCAAGAAUGUCGCAUCAGUGUCCGACAAAGCUGUGAAUAGUGCAAAUGUGGUUCCAAUUACCAUAGAUUUUGAAAAACCUUCGCAGGAGACGGUUGGUGGUAAAAGGAUUGUGGAUUUAGACUUAGAUGUAAAUACAGACACUGGCCUUGGCGGUGGAGGGACCAUGAGUGAUAUCAGUAGCACACAGUUAACAACACGUAGUCUUUGCACGAGUAUUAUACGCGAAAGGAAUGGAGACUGGAGAAGCAAUGCUGUACAAUUUGUUGCUAUAAUCGGCAAAGUGUUGCCAGACGCUACGUGUGCCACUUUGAUGGACUUGCUGCUUGAUGAGGAGGAUCCUAAGGUCCAUGAAGAUAUUCUUCUCAGCUUAUGCAAAAUGAUGAGUUCUAAAACUCCCGAAUACCUACCAGCAGUGGUUCGCAAGAUACAGGAUUUGGUACCAGAGUGUUUGCAGAGUGAAACGACUCGCUGCCUUGUUCUUAUGGCUUUGGAUGGACUGUUUAACAGUCUGCUGGGUUCAGAGAAGCGCAAGCUAAAUUGUCCUCUAAGUGGAAAUAUGGGUGCCAAGGGAAACUUUAGUUUUUCUGAGGAGGUUUCGACAGACAUCGCGGAAUUGAUCGAAAAGGUUGCUGACAUGGGGCUAAUAUUUUGGUCUACUCGUGUGAAGCUUCUUGAAGUACUUUCCGGAUUUAUUGUUCUCGAUCCAAAUGCAGCUCAGGUUUUGAUCGAGAAAUUUUUGGUUCUGCUACAUGACUCUGAAUACCAAGUAAGGUUAUGCCUAUCAAGGAGAGUGGCUGUGUUAUUUGAAACAUGGGAUGGCCACGAUGAGCUACUUCCGGAUGUGUGUACCAGCUUCGGAGUGAAAAUAGCUACGAUGAGUGCCGACCACGGUUUUGUGGCUGGAGAGACCAUUCGAAGUCCACACCAAGUCGCCAUGGCAGAAACAGCCUUACUUAGUCUGGGAGAAAUCGCAAUAUCAAGCGAAAAAGUAGAGAGCAAUGUUGUUUUCAUGAUAUGUGCACAUCUUGCCACAAAUCCUCAACUUAGAGACUUCGGGUGUUCCAUUAUAAACAAGGUAGCAAAUCGGCUGAAGUAUCCAAAUAGAUGGAAGUAUAUCGAGCAACUAGCAGGACAGCUUGUUACAUAUUGGGUGAUGGCAAACAUCGACGUCUCCGCCCUGCUCGAGGUACGAGAGGUGCUCGUUGAAAGCUCAGAUACCAAAGAGUUUUUUCAACAAUUUUGUCCCUGGUUGCUACCUGCACUCGUAUACUUUGAACGGAAUGACCAGAUUUCGUGGCUUGCAGCGGCCACUUCAUUGUCGGUUCCUGAGUUGGUGAAACAACACUUUGUAUCCAUUUUUGCUGGCAUUUUACCUCUGCACUUGGGUAGCAGCAAGGGAGUCCAGAAACGAGCAGCUGUGGCUCUUCAAGUGUCUAUGUUAACACUGGCUGAUAUCACAGAAGAUGAAAGAGAUGAGCUGAUUCAGAAACAAAUGGUAUCAAUUGUAUGCGUUCUCUUUGGGUUAUGCAGUGCACGAGAAAAGCCUGUACGGCCUUACUUUACGAAAGAAACAGUUGUCACUUCCGUCAAAACAGUUGUGGAUGGUUUUAUGGAAAGCGAACAGGUAUCUCAAGACGACAAAUUGAUUGAUAAAAUGCAGAUAUUUAGAGCCGAUCGGGUGUUCUUGUUUCUUCUUCAACUACACCAGGAUCUGGUGUCUGCACGCCAUCCACGCCAUCGCGUACAUAUGCUGACUAGUCUGAGAGCGAUGCUUGAGGUGCUUGAUUUACGUCUUUGUGUGCCGAGUACAUGCCGUUACAUUAUACUCAUCAUUCUCCAGUCCAUGGAGGUUGAAGAUCUGCAAAGACAUUGCUGUGAGACGCUGGCGUACUUGCUAGAUAAACUGUACAGUUCUGGUGUCGAAGGAUGUUUUCGGAUUCUUGGUGAACAGCUUCAGGUUAUUGUGUCAAAACUCGUUUCCUUCUGCAUUACCUUGUACCGUAAUGGAGAAACGCCUGUUGAAAAGAUGACAAGCCCUCACAAGUUGCUAGCCAUCAACGGUGAUCCUAGAACGUCAUCCAGCUCAGUAAUUGCUUUGCUCCGAAAAUUGACAGUCGGCGCCAACGAAUCCUUGCACGUUUAUAUCAAGGACCUUGAUCCUUUUCCUAGCAUGCCUUGCUUUGAGCAAAUGCGGACACUCCAAGAGGAGCUGAGCUUUACUUACACCUUAGCAGAAGAGUUUGUACAGUUUGUAAGAAGAGCUCCUAAACUUUCAACCAAGGACUGUGUGAGCAGCCUUAAGAAUCUUUGCGAUAAACUCAGUACAAGACGGAUGGAACUUUACGAUAUAUCUCAGAAAAAUCAGAAACAUGAGUACUGGCGGUGCAGUCCUCUCGUGGUUGAUGCUGUGUGGCGACUUAUACACCUUUGUGAGAGGGAUGAUGAGAUGCAAUUGAAUGAUCUCGCUGGUGAAUUUUUGGCAGCAGUGGGUGUUGGAGAUCCACAUGCCGUGGUUUUUCACUUGCCUGAGAAGAUCCAUGAAUAUCAUACGAGCCUCCUUCACGAAUCACCGGUUAGCCAAAUGGAAACGCGGCAUAUUAAGGACGUUAGUGUCGAUCCGGAACUUGGAUUGUCAGAUGAUCUCUUGAAAAGCAUUGUACUUCAACUCCGAUCAUACUUGACUGACUCCGACGUUGGCGUCAUCCAGCUGGCGUACAAGACUCUAAAGGGUGUGCUGUCUACCGAAAGAGGCCAGACUGUUUUCUUAUCCAUGGAUACGAAGGAAAAAACUUACUUGGAGAUGUAUUCCAGAGGAGUAAAUCUUAGAAUGGCGGCAGAUAUGCUAGAUGCUGCAAAGCGGCAGUCAACCGAGACAGCUAUUCCACUUGGUGAUGCAAAUCUGUGGGAAACUUCAGGGAAGACUUACGAUGCGUGGGUUUGUACUCUGACAUACUCAUUAGUGGAGCACACAGAUGAUACUAUUCUGAGGCUAUGCCAAGAUAUGCUACUUAUGAAAGCUUCCUUAGCGGAGCUUGUAUUUCCUCACGUCUUUGGGAAUUUAGCUGGAAAAUUCUGUUCUAGCGUGGAAUUUUGCACCCAUAUAUCGAAUCAGAUUGAAGAGCAUGUUUUCAAUAAUACCAACCAAAGUACUCGAUCACUACAGCUAUUUCUGAAUAUGCUCAAUAAUCUGCGCCAAUGUUAUAUUGAGGCUGGAUUGAAAAGAGUGCAAGGCCUUCCCAGAAGGCGAGAAAACUCGAAGCUGGAAAAGCCUGAGACAAGUGGAGGAAGUAGAUUAAGGCGAAAGAGCUCAACGGGUAGCUGUCAGAAAAUUGGGAGCACGGAUAACAACGCAGUCGGCCAGCUUGAGCAAGGGCCUUUGGUUUGGAAUAAGGUUUACUGGCUUCACAUCGAUUAUCUUGCUACAGCCAAAGCUGCUCAGCAAUGUGCUGCAUACUUCACCUCAGUUCUGUACGUGGAGCAUUGGUGCGAAGAAAAAUAUGGUAGUCUUACGCUUGGUCCUCCUGACUUUUCCAGUGACAAUGAGCUGCCGGCGCACUUGGAGUUGCUGGUGAGGGUUUACACAAGAAUAAACGAACCGGAUGGCAUAUACGGUGUUGUCCGGUCUCAUAAGGUAUGCUCGCAGCUGUUGAGGUACGAGCAUGAAGGUAACUGGAGUAAGGCUUUGGAGAACUACGAUCUUUUGCUGCGGAGCAGCAAGACUGGCCGUGCUGGAGAUAAAGUAGAUAGUUUUAGUGAGGUUUUCAAACUUGGAGCGGCAGUGGAGAAGUCAUUCCUUCCAACUUCUGCAGUAAAUCAGAAAUGGCAGCUCAAUAAAGGGCUGAUGAAAUCUCUACAACAGAAGGGGUGUUCUCAUGUUCUGGAUAUGUAUAGCUCGGGGGUAUCUCAACAAGAGGAUGGCAUUAGUAUGGAUGCAGAGUUUAAGGAGAUCCAGUUUGAAGAAGCAUGGAGAACUGGCAAGUGGGACUACGGAGUCGCAGUGCCUAUCAGCCUGAAGAAAACAUUUGACGUUACAUCUCAUGGAGGCUUAUCAUUCCAUGAGAAUCUCCACAGCUCUUUUAAGUCUCUCAGGGAAGGAGAUGCAGAGGUCUUUUUCUCAAGCUUAAAGCGGGCAAGACAGGAAAUUGUGGGCCAUAUCGGUCAUACAAGCUUAGAAAGCACACAAAAUGUGAAUCCUUUGAUAGUCAAACUUCAGAUGUUAGAUUGUGUGUCCCGAGCUUGGAAGAUGCGCUGGACAUUUAAUAGUCCUGAACAAGCCUCCUUGGCGGAGAGAAUGUCUACAGACCGAAACUCCAGCAUAUCUGGCCCACUCAUGCCAACCACGAAGCAGAUUGAGUCUUUCGAUGCAUCUUGGCAAGAAAAUUUGAAGCAGAUGCAAGCCCAUUAUGAACUAGCUGAACCAUACAUCGCCAUUCGGAAAGUACUUCUGGAGCUGCUGGGCUUACAUAGAUGUAUUCCUCAACACCUACUUCAGUUUUCUAGUUUCGCCCGCAAGGCUGGCAGGCUGAAUCAUGCCGGAAGUUCCAUUCAUGAGUUGAAACUUCUGUGCAGCUAUUUACAUCGUAGUGAAGACACUGAUAUCUACUCGAUCUCCAGAUCACUAAUAUCCCUUCAAAGUCUGGCUGGUAGAGUCGAAGAGGCGAAAAUACUGUGGGCGGAAGGCCAGCAAGAAAUGGCUGUCAAUCUGGCUCAACACGUGCUGCAGCAAAAGACCGAUGAAAGGAGUUUAGCUCCCCUUUUAUGCCUGACUGGCAAGUGGUUAGCUGAAACUCGAACUAGCAGUUCUCAUACAAUUUUGGAUUCAUAUCUGAAGCGAGCAGUAGAGCUUUCUAGUUCGGAAGAUUGUACUCGAGAUCAGCUGGAAACAAGUCGAAGUUGCCGAACACAUUAUCGUUUAGCCCACUAUGCGGAUGCCCUUUACCGAAAUCAUCAGGAGCGACUUAUGUCUAGUGAAUGGCAAGCAGCUCUUCGCUUGCGACAUCACAAGGCUAGGGAGCUCGAAGCUUUGAAGAAGCGGCUUAUUAUAAUAAGGGCUGAUCCCCAAGAGGAUCCUUCAAAAGUGCGAGAGUACUCCAUGAAGUUUGUCGAAUUGCACAGACAGCUGACCUUAGAUAAUGAAGAGGCUCAACGUCUACAGGACGAUAAAAAUCAGUUUUUGAUUCUUGCUCUGACAAGUUAUGGUUCAUGCUUGAGUAUCAGCAACAAGUAUGAUUUGAGAGUGGUUUUUCGGCUUGUUUCACUGUGGUUCAACCUCUCUUCAUUCGAGCAUGUUGUUGAGGCCAUGCUGGAUACUGUUGAGAAGGUCCAGACAUACAAAUUUUUGCCGUUAGUUUAUCAAAUAGCAUCACGGCUUGGGAGUUCCAAGGAAUCUCAAGGAGCUACCGGAUUUCAGGCUGCCCUUACCCUGCUGCUGGAGAAAAUGGCCACGGAUCAUCCAUAUCAUAGUCUUUAUCAGCUGUUUGCUUUGGCAAACGGCGAUCGCAUCAAGGAAAAGCAGAGGGGCAAAAAUGUUUUUGUGGUGGACAUGGAAAAGAAACGUGCUGCCGAGGAAUUGCUGGACAAGCUGAUAGCCAAACAGCCCGAGCUACUUUUACAGAUAAGGAAGAUGAUCGAGAUCUACAUACAACUGGCUGAAUUGGAAACAACUCAAAAGGAUGCCAACAAAAAAGUCCCCAUUCCGAGAAACAUUCGGAGUGUGAAGGAGCUUGAGCUGGUACCUGUGAUAACAGCAAGUCUUCCAGUGGAACACAGCUGCGGAUACUCUCCGGAAAGUUUUGUGCACUUCAAAGGAUUCACGGAUGGCAUAACAGUAAUGAAUGGGAUCAAUGCCCCCAAGUGCAUAGAUUGUCUGGGAUCAGAUGGCAAUAAGUACCGGCAACUGGCGAAGUCCGGAAAUGAUGACAUGCGCCAAGAUGCGGUUAUGGAGCAGUUAUUUGGCCUAGUUAACAAUCUCCUGCAAGAGCAUCCAGAUACCCAGAAAAGGAAUCUUGGGAUUCGAACUUAUAAGGUCAUCCCCUUUACCCCAAGUGCAGGUGUGUUAGAGUGGGUGAACGGAACAAUACCUCUUGGAGAAUACCUGCUUGGCAGUACUCGAGCUGGCGGUGCCCAUGGUCGAUAUGGAGGUGAUGAUUGGACGUUCAUGAUGUGCCGUGAACAUAUGUCCACUGCAAAGGAUAAAUUGACUGCCUUUCAAUCCGUCUGUGAAAACUUUAGGCCUGUUAUGCAUCAUUUCUUCUUGGAGAAAUUCGCUCAAGCUGCUAACUGGUUUGAGAAGCGGUUAGCAUAUACGCGGAGCGUCGCUACAAGCUCCAUGGUUGGAUAUAUAGUCGGACUUGGGGAUCGGCAUUCGGUAAAUAUCUUGAUGGAUCAAGCAACUGCGGAAGUCGUGCACAUUGAUUUGGGUGUCGCUUUCGAACAGGGCCUAAUGUUGAAGACGCCUGAACGGGUGCCUUUCCGCCUGACCAGGGAUAUAGUGGAUGGCAUGGGAGUCACGGGAGUUGAAGGUGUAUUCCGACGAGUAUGUGAGGCAACCUUGUCAGUGCUCCGUGAAAACAAGGAAGCUCUUUUGACCAUUAUAGAGGUCUUCAUAUAUGAUCCACUCUACAACUGGGCAUUGUCACCUCUGAAGGCUUUGCAGAGACAGCAGGAACUAGAUGAUUUGGAUGAUAGUUUGCCUGAAUCUGACAAUAUGACCGAGACAGAGGGUAACAAAGAUGCUGCUCGUGCCUUGUUUCGUGUAAAACAAAAGUUGGAUGGGUAUGAAGAAGGAGAAAUGAGAAGUCUUCAAGGACAAGUCCAGCAAUUGAUACAGGAUGCCCAGGACCCAGAACGGCUUUCACAGUUGUUUCCAGGAUGGGGAGCUUGGGUUUAGUUUUGGAAUAGUUACUGUCACACGUUUAUAGUAAUGGAUUACGCUAUGGGUACAUCUUGAGGUGUAUCCCCGCUGUAUCGCAGUGCCCUUCAGGACGUUUCCUUGUCUAAAGUGUAUGAAACAUGUGCGUCUUUGCACUGGCAAUGUAGCCUUUCAUCGAGAGAUCCUUAACGGCUGGUACCCUCAAUCUCUCGAUGGAAGAUAGUUUGUAGUUCUUUGAGGGUAGGCGGGAAAUAGAGUUGGUAGAGUAAAGUAGAGGAAGAGCACACAGACGUAUAAACAAAGCUUUUGAAGCUCAAAUGUGUUUCAGGAGCAUAUAAAAAAUAAAUGGUUCUUUU